UUGCUUAAUAAUUCUUCAGAAGAUCAGAGAAGUAUGCCCAGCCCUGCCCCAUGCAGCCCCUAUACCAACCCAAUAAGUACUUCUACUACUAUCCUGACUCUACUACCAUCCAUCCCACCCAACAUGAAAGAAAUCAUCAACCUCCCCGGCCCGAGCACCAAGCUCAUUGACUCCCCCAUCCCCACCAUCAACGACGACCAAGUCCUGAUCAAGGUGGUGGUAUCCGGAUCCAACCCCAAAGACUGGAAAGUAGCCGAGUUAGCCAAUGACCCAGAGAGUGCGUUCUAUGAGCGGUAUGCGCAUGUCCGACAAGGCCUGAACCAGGGAGAUGAUAUUACGGGGGUGGUGGUGAAAGUCGGGAAGAAUGUGGUUGAGUUUAAGGAAGGUGACCGCGUCGCUGCAUUCCACGAGAUGCUUACCCCGGGUGGCUCGUACGCCGAGUACGCUGUUGCUUGGGCACAUACGACGUUUCAUUUACCUGGGGAGGUUUCGUUUGAGGAAGGCGCAACAAUCCCCCUCGCAGCCCUCACAGCCGUCAUCUCCCUGUACCACCACCACGCCUUCCCCACGCCCUGGUCCCCCCCAUCCGCCACCACCACAUCAACUCCAUUCCUAAUCUACGGCGCCAGCACCGCCGUCGGCUCCUUCGCCAUCAAACUCGCCUCCGCGAGCAACAUCCACCCCAUCAUCGCCAUCGCCGGCGCCGGGUCUCCUUACGUGGAGACACUCAUCGACCCAUCCAAAGGCGACAUAAUAAUCGACCACCGAAAGGGAAUCGAUUCCGUGGUUAGGGAGGUGAAAUCCGCUCUCGCUCUCCCCCCAUCCCAAGGAGAACUCAUUCUAAACGACACAUUGGACACGAUAAUCUCCCCCACCAGCAUCUCCACCAUCAAACAAGUCCUCAAUCCCCUAGGAGGAAAAGUCAACACCGUUCUCCCGCUCCCUGAUCCAAACCCUUAUCCCUCUGGAAUAGAAGCAUCGAAUACAUGGGUGAGUGCUGCGCAUGAGGUCGUGGGUGCGGUGGAUUGUCGGGAUCUGUGUUUUGUGUUUUGUAGGUGGUUUACGCGUGCUUUGGCGCUUGAUGCUCAGGCUCAGGGGAGGAAGAAGAUGUUCUCGGGUCAUCCGUUUCAGGUCAGGGAGGGGGGUUUGGGUGGGGUGGAGGGCGCGAUGAGGGAUUUGCAGGCGGGUAAGGCGAGUGCGGUGAAGUUUGUUUUUAGGGUUGGGGAUACACCUGGGAUU